AUGCCAGAUGAGGACACAGAGCUCCGCGAUUGCAGAACGGAUGGGCUUGAGCCCGGAGUCCUGGAAGAUGAUUACAUGACGACAAAUUACAAUCGGAAACGGCUUACUUACAACCAUCAGUCCGACAUGUCCAAAAUCCGCAAGAACACUCAGGAUUCGAACCGGAGCCAGUUACUUAUCGACCACAAGAUUUGGAAACCAACGACCUGUCGGCCACCAUCGGGUGUACAUAUUGGUAGAUCUAGGGCCUUUAAUAAACGACCUCGUCGCGCCUCAGUUUACAAAUUUGAACUAAGACUAAAAGAACAGGCAUAG